UUUCCGUUGAUGCUACGACGUGAAGUUGGUUGCGAUUUCCUUUUUAAUUCGUUGUUGGGAAGAAAAGCCAAUCUAAACCGCCAAGAUGGGUAAGGGUAACAAUAUGAUUCCGAACCAGCACUACCACAAGUGGUGGCAGCGGCAUGUGAAGACCUGGUUCAACCAGCCCGCCCGUAAGGUGCGCAGGCAUGAGAACCGCGUCAAGAAGGCCAAGGCAGUCUUCCCCCGCCCCGCUAGCGGUGCCCUGCGUCCAGUGGUCCGUUGCCCCACCAUCCGCUACCACACAAAGCUGCGUGCCGGCCGUGGUUUCACCCUGGAGGAGCUGAAGGGCGCCGGCAUCAGCGCGAACUUCGCUAAGACUAUCGGCAUCGCCGUGGACCGCCGUCGCAAGAACAAAUCCCUGGAGUCGCGCCAGCGCAACAUCCAGCGUCUGAAGGAGUACCGCAGCAAGCUGAUCCUGUUCCCCAUCAACGAGAAGAAGAUCCGCAAGGGCGAGUCCACCCUCGAGGAGUGCAAGCUGGCCACCCAGCUUAAGGGUCCCAUCAUGCCCGUCAAGAACGAGCAGCCCGCCGUUGUCGAGUUCCGUGAGGUCACCAAGGACGAGAAGAAGUUCAAGGCUUUCGCUACCCUGCGCAAGGCUCGCACUGAUGCUCGUUUGGUUGGUAUUCGCGCUAAGCGCGCUAAGGAGGCCGCCGAGAGCGAGGACGCCGCCAAGGGCGACCCCAAGAAGGCCAAGAAGUAAACCGCAUCCUGACCUGAUAGUUCUGUCUAUAACAUCAACAACCAGAAUAAAAUAUUAGUUUUUCAUAAACGUGAA